UCACGCACAUGACGAGAAUCUCGCGUGGGUGACGAGUGUGUGAAGGCGAUCGGUGAUCCAAAAAUAAAGAUUCCGACGAAACAAACGAUAGCAACUAACAAAGAAUGGUCGGAUCGAAGCUAAUAAACAAGAGAAGUACCAAGAAUAAGUUUUGGUGAAGAAAUCGAGAGGUUUAAAGCUGUGAAGAGAGAAAAAAACACAACGAGGAACUCUAAAGGUUAAGAGACCUCCGUGGCGAGGGGGAAACAGGUAUAAAAGAAAGAUGGCACUAGUGUGCAAGAGCAAUGGAAUGGGAAGGCACAGCAGUGAAAAGGAAAUGGCCAAUAGAAAGCCAGUUAGGACCGGAAAUGAGGUCAAGCCAUGGAAACGCGCCAUUGAGCCAUAAGAAAACGCGCCAAAAAAAGGCGGGCAACUAAACGACAGAUGAUGCAGGAUGCCACAAUGUUACCAGACAGAAGACCAGUACCAUGGGGAAACGAAAUAUAUUUUAUGAGGUUGGUAAAUCAGUGUGUUACGAAGUCCAAUUAAAUAAUAGGUGUUAUAUACCUCGUUUAUGGUGUAAUAAAUCGAGAAAGCGAGAAGGAAAGGAUCACGUUCUCCUUCUUUGUCGAAUUCCCGAAACUGCCCGAAUCAAAUUAGUGUGCGCGAGUGGUGGGGCAGUUGCUUCGUGUCUGGUAAACUAGGAUAGCGUCUGUCCAUUAGCAAACAAAAUGUCGAACGAGCUAGGUAGAAAAGUAAACAAGAAAUAAUAACUAAGAGUAAAGGUUGAUUGAUCGAAAAGUGAGAUGAAUAAGAAUAUUGAAGAUACAGAAAAGGUAAGAAAGUUAGAAAACAUGUGGCCGAGAAAAGAAUCAAAAGGAAUUACGAUCGAAAUUCUCCUAUUCGAAGUUGAGAUUUCCAGUAAGAAAUUUACUUACAAAAAACAUAUAAACAAUAUCAAGAUUUACAAAUGUUUAGCGUAGUCACGAAAAAGAUGGCUGAAAUAAAGUUACAACACGCAGAUAAAGGAACAGUGUUAUUUAAUGAAUACAAAACAGUGGAUCCAAAAAUCUUAAGACCAGAUAUUCCAAAAAGAUCCAAGAAAUGUUGGAAGGGUGGGUGACAAUGAACCUGAGAGCAUCAAAGAACUCAAGCCAGGUAUUUCAGAUAGAAACUUGUUCAAUAUUGAAGAAGAGGAUUACAAUCUGAAUGAUAAUGUGAAUUUUAUGAGGUUAGAAAGGAGAAAAAAUAGAAAAGGUAGACCUAUUCCUCAAAAAGAAACUGAAGAGGUGCUUUGGGAAAGUUGGGAAAAGGAGAAAUAAGAAAGAUUGGACCACGACAAACAGAAGUUGUAAUUUAAAGGGAAACGAAAAAAGGGAGGGAAGAAAAAGGGAAGGAGGAAAAGGAUCGACGAACUCGAGCUUCGUAGAAAUUUAAGGGAACAGGCACUCAGAAGAGAUUUGGAGGAGGAGGAAUCAAAGAUGGCACUGCUUAAGCAGAAAUUGUUGCAGUACCCUGACGAGAUCAGAUUGGGCGGUGUCGAAGGUGGCGCUACCCAUUCAACACUCGUAAUAAUCGAUAGCAAGGGAACACCGCUGACGGAAGUGAAGGGUCCCAAUACCAAUCAUUGGUCGAUAGGAAUGGAUGAGACUGCCGCUAGGAUCAACGCUAUGGUGCAAAGGGGGAAGGAAGCAUUAAACAUGCCUGAAACAGUCCAGUUACAUUGCUUAGGUCUGUCUCUGAGCGGUUGCGAGGAGGAGAAAACGAAUCAGCUUCUAGUGAAAACGAUGCAAACGAAUUAUCGAAACGUCGCCAAGUAUUAUACCGUCAGUUCGGACACGCUGGGCAGUCUCAGAACUGCCUUGGACAAUGGUGGAAUAGUUCUGAUCGCUGGCACCGGUAGCAACGCGCUAAUGAUCGACUCUGAUGGAAAGGUUAUAACUUGUGGGGGCUGGGGACACAUGAUGGGGGACGAAGGAAGCGCUUACUGGAUCGCUCAUCGAGCCUGCAAAUAUAUCUUCGACGACAUCGACGGCUUGUUUCAUGCCCCAGAGCCAAUUAGCUACGCGUGGCCGGCUCUAAAGAUAUUUUUCAACGUGUUGGAUAGGCAGGAGAUGCUACCGUACAUUUACACGAAUUUCGAGAAAAGUAAAUUCGCCGGGUUUGCCAAGACGAUUGCAGAUGGUUGUAAAAACAAGGAUCGCCUCUGUUUGCACAUUUUACGAGAAAAUGGCGUACUCCUCGCGAAGCAUAUCGUUGCUCUUGCAAGGAAGGCUGAUAAUAAUAUUAAGUUAGCCAAGGGCGGGCUAAAUGUCGUCUGUGUGGGAUCGGUGUGGAAAUCGUGGGAAUUUAUGAGAGACGCUUUCCUGGAAGAAAUUCAUGACUCGCACGCGGUGGAUGAGCUGAGUUUGCUUCGAUUGACCGCAUCGUCGGCCAUUGGCGCUUGCUAUCUCGCCGCGGAGAGAAUCGACUGGACGUUCACGAAACCUUACGAGAAUAACGCUGAAAUGUUCUACCAUUACAAGCGCGAGAAUUAUGUAAAACCGACGAUUAAGGUGGAAUCAAAAGUGGAGAUGGUCAAAUGUAAAUAGUGCUAAAAUUAAAAUGGCAAACGACAAGAAACUGAAGAAAUAGAAAAGAAUUGUGGCACUGAAAACUGUAUGAUAAUAAAAUACAAAUGGCAAACAUCGGUACUAAGAUAAUAAUUACUAUGUU